AUGGGGCCAAAAGCGAUGCACUCCGCGCUCCUUCUUGUUUUUAUUCUUCUUGCGUAUGCGUCCGCGGUUGGGGCCGUGCUCGUGCCGUUUCCCCCGAGUUUCGUUGUCACCACUGGGACGACGAUUCCCUUCCUUUUCUCCACGCCCGUGGCGCAGAGCGGCGCCAUCUACGUGUCCAACCAGACACGGCAGCUGCGCAUUGACAACUUUUUCCUCGGAAACCAAUACUCCUUCGUCGUCGACGCGGCGCGGCGGCGCGGGUUCCUGCUCGAGAUCUACGCCCCGGGCAGCUACGCUGCGAGCUACGAGGGAAAGAGCAGCUUUUGCCGCACCUUCAAGAUGGCGGGGGGUGUGGCGAGUUUUGGCGUUCCCGACGAGUUCCUGAAACAUGCGGAGCCGAGUCUUGUGCGUGGUGUUGAGGUGGCGCGCUACACGGGGUACGACCGUGACAGCACGGGGCCGCUGCAGCAAGUGGACUACUACAUCCGUAACAUGAGCUUUAAGCUGCCUGGGGAGGGGAAGGCGGGCGUCGAGGAAUUUGUAUUCACGAUUCCCUGGCGCGUGCAGACGCAACGGCAACAGCAGGCACUGAAGGAGCUCACCGGCGCCCCUGCCACGUUGCCGAAUUGGCGCUACUUUGGCGGACCCUUCUUUGAUGAGCUGGUCAUGCCAGAGGAGCCCUUCGACACCCACCUGCGGCGUCUGAUGGAGGACACUGUCGUCACGGUCGACUUCUACAACUUUGUCCCCAUUGCACCGGACCCGUCUGUCUUCACCGUUCCCUCGGACUGCCAGGAGGUGGAUGCGGAGACCGCAAGCAGCAAAGUCGACAUCUCCCUCGCCCAAAGACUUUUGGUGGAUUUGAGUUUUUACUCUAAAGCCGGGAGACAUACACUGCGGGACAAGCCACCGUAG